AUUUUUACAGUGCUAAGGGUGACUUUAUGUAGCCUACUAGCAGUCCUCAAUAGGUCGCCUGAUAAGCGCCACGUUUAUAAUAUAAAAUGUCGAAACCACUCGAAAAGGAACGGAGGAAGUCAAGCAUUAAUUUUAUUAAUUUUCGACGAUUCCAUUUCUUAGACAGGAGUCGUGAAUCCCGUCGGCGCAUCAACCACCCCCCCUCGGCGCUGUACAGCGUGGUGGGAGAGAAGCUGCGCGUGGGCACGCCGCGCGCGCUGCAGUGCGCGUUAUUCUGCGGCGGCCCGCGCUGCCGGUAUGAGGUGCCGCAGCCGGGCACUGCGAUACAGGGGCUUUAUUCUGACUGGUGA